UAACAUUAAAAUGGGUCAUAUUUACUACGACAAGAUGCAUGAGGCUUUCGGAAUUCCAUGAUCAGAACUCUAUGAUCAGAAUACUAAAGCUGCAUGAACUGUCAAGUCUAGACGUGGCCUAUCUGGAUAUGUGCUCAACAAAUGUUCAACAUUCACCUUCUGCUACCAUUUAUGUCAAGCCGUCUAUGCAUACAGUUGGACGCAUACAUUCGAUAAAUCCAACAUAUGCACCACACAGAACGCACUGCAACUAACGCUGCAAGGCAAACGCAGCGUUCCAUUGGAAAUGAAUGUACCAAAACGCAAAUACACUGUGCGACAUUGUCCGUGUGAUCUAGGCGUCGGCGUGGUCUGUUUCGCAAGCGUUCCCGGAAGUCUCGCGAUGUUGCGCCUCUGGGUUUAGGAACUGUGCAAGUACACUGCUUUAUAUCUAUGGUGGAAAACGCCAUAUUUUCGAAAUGGCAUAUCUCGAGUUCAAGUUUGAGGACCAAAUAACUAAAUACAUUCGGGAACAAGAAUUGGAAACUUCACUAAAAUUCAUAACAUUGCGAAAGGACAAACAUUUUGGGCAAAAGGAUGCACAGCCUUUGGCACAGAAAAAACUCAGCUGGGAGAGUAAAAGCCUCCCAUUCAAUGGUGUUCCCUUUCAAGUUGUUGGCACAAAGACGUAUGAAUGCCACCAGGGGAAAGACAGACAAACAAAAGCCAAAGAGAAAUAUGCUGCUGAAAGGGACAAGAAGGAACUUGAAGACCAUGCCUUUCUACAGAAACGGAAACUGGUACAAAAUACCAAAAAGGUGGACUGCAAGGCUAUAAUAAACAUUGCCCACGUUAUCCGCUUUCCUGAUUUUAAGAUUGAGGAAAGUACAGUGCGCUCUAAAAAGGAGGCCUCCCAAACUCUGAAGGCAGCACUAAGUGAAACACCCAGCUCCGUGAAGGCAGAGGUUGUCUACUGCGUCAGGUUCCCCUCCCUCUCUGAGCAUAGCUCACAUGCAGUUGUUGGCGAGGCAGCUUAUGUUAGGGAAGCUGUAGAUGCCAGGCUGAGAGAGAAGAUUGAGCAGCUGACUCUGUCUGGUGUGAGAAAGAUGACUGAAAUGAAGUGUCAUCUUAACACCUUUGUAGUGGAAGAGCUUUUCUGUGGAGAGCAGCCCCCUCCACCUACUCGCAGGCGGUAUUACCCGACUGACAGUGACAUAAGAAAUGUCAUGUUUAAGACCAAGCAAGCCACCAGAGACCCCAACAUUGACCGUCCAGACGAAGGUCCAUCUAGAAGAGGAAAGAAGAGGUCAUCUAGGAAGGUGUUGCAGUUGAGGAGUCAAUGUGCAGGAUAUCUUAAAGAGAUCACAGACCUCACUUAUCAUCUCCAAGAUGAACAGUGCAUGACUGACCUGUCUUCACGUCUCAAAAGCGUGUUGCUGGAUAUGAAGGCCAAUGUUCCACAGGAUACAGGCCUUCCACUGACCUUUUCUCCAAGGAAGAGAAAAGCUGAGAAGGCCAUGGACCCCCUACCAACCAAGAGAGCAUCACACCCUUUCACAGGCGGGGUAGAACAGCAUACAGAGGACAUAGUGAGUGUGGAUACCUUGUUGGCAUUGACCCUAGGGUAGUAGGGCUGUGUGGAGACAUUUACAUUUUUAGUCAUUUAGCAGACGCUCUUUUCCAGAGCGACUUACAGUUAGUGAGUGCAUAAA